AUGGCGGACACUCGCUGGCGUGGUUGGUCCUCGGGCAUACGAUGGGUGUUGGUGGCGAUUUUCCUGAUGUCUCUCGUAACAUGGGCAAUCGGCUGUGCAUUCACAGCACGUUUUGCAAAUGCUCCGAUCGGGGAUUCACCAUACUACAGCAGGAUCUCGACAGCCGAACUUUACUUUUACGCUGCCGGCUUUCCCAUGGCGACUAUGCUCGCUGCGGUGAUCGAUUUUGUCUUGCACAUGCGCGGUUGGCUGAGCCCGGUUGUUUCGAUCAUUUGGUCUCUAAUCGCCUUCGGAGUCUGGAUAUGGGUUCUUCUGAUGUGGGGUGUCACGGAGUGGAGUCCCGAUACUGGAGGUAUCCUGGAUCUCUACAUGUACGACUACGCCGUCAAUGGGAUCGAUGUGUAUGGGGAUGGCCUGUUCUACAGCCGAGUCUCGACCGGAAGUGUGGCAGCAUUAUUGACGCUUGUGCAGCUGAGCUUUGCUGCUAGAGCUGUGGACUUGGAGAGGAAGGAAAGAAAAGCCAGGGUUGGCAAGCUUGAAGGUGCAUGA